GAGCAAUAGAGACGAGGCGUGAGCUAGAAGGGCUGGAGCGGAGGCAAAUAAGGAGCUCUGUAGUUUGAGUGGCUAGAGAGGUCGGAGGUAAGUGGCUGUAGGAAUCGGGCGGACCCGGAACACGGACGCCUCGGGACCAUGACUUACGCUUAUCUCUUCAAGUACAUCAUCAUCGGAGACACAGGUGUGGGGAAGUCAUGCCUCCUCCUCCAGUUCACCGACAAGAGGUUCCAGCCGGUGCACGACCUCACAAUAGGUGUGGAGUUUGGAGCACGUAUGGUCAACAUUGAUGGAAAGCAAAUCAAACUGCAAAUCUGGGAUACGGCUGGGCAAGAGUCCUUCCGUUCCAUCACCCGUUCCUACUACAGGGGAGCCGCCGGAGCACUGCUGGUGUAUGACAUCACAAGACGUGAAACCUUCAACCACCUAACCUCGUGGUUAGAGGAUGCCCGCCAGCACUCGAGCUCGAACAUGGUGAUAAUGCUGAUUGGGAAUAAGAGUGAUCUGGAAUCCCGAAGGGAUGUGAAAAGAGAGGAAGGCGAGGCCUUUGCUCGGGAGCACGGCCUUAUAUUCAUGGAAACAUCGGCCAAGACGGCCUGCAAUGUUGAAGAGGCCUUCAUUAAUACAGCCAAAGAAAUAUACAGGAAGAUUCAGCAGGGCUUGUUUGAUGUCCACAAUGAGGCAAAUGGCAUCAAGAUUGGGCCCCAGCAAUCAAUUUCAACAGCAACAGGACCAAGUUCCUCUCAGCGGAACUCUUGUGACGUAGGGUCUGACUCUGGCUGCUGCUGAACAUCUGACCUGGACUCUUUUUUUUUUUUUUUUUU